UCUCCCUGCUCUGGGAGGUUGGAGAUACUUCAUAAUCAGACGUGGAUGUCAGUGUGUGACGCUGUCUUUGACCAGCAGGAUGCAGAGGUUGUGUGUAGAGAGCUGGACUGUGGGGCUCCUGUACAGGUGCUGGGAGCAGCUGCUUUUGACAAAGGAGACACUCAGAUGUGGACACAAGAGAUUCAGUGCAGAGGAAAUGAGUCUCAGAUUCACCGUUGUCCAACAUCAGUAUCAGUCAAAAGCAACUGUUCACAGGACAACAAUGUUAGACUGGUGUGCGCAGAUUCAAUGAAUGUGCGGGUUGGUGGUGGUAACAGUCGUUGUGCUGGUAGAGUGGAGGUUCAUCACAGAGGUCAGUGGGGAACAGUGUGUGAUGAUGACUGGGAUUUGGCUGAUGCUGCAGUGGUGUGUAGAGAGCUGGACUGUGGAGAACCUGUAGAUGCUCUUAGUGAUGCUCAUUUUGGACCAGGAUCAGGACCGAUCUGGAUGAGUGCUUUAUGUUCUGGAAUGGAAUCUACAUUGAAGAACUGUAGAUCAGCAGGAUGGGGAACGCACACAUGUACUCAUAAUAGUGAUGCUGGAGUCAUCUGCUCAGAUCAUAAACAUUCCAGACUUAUUGAUGGACCUCACCUGUGCUCUGGAAGAAUAGAGUUGAAUCAUGGGAACACAUGGUACACAGUGUGUGACGCUGUCUUUGACCAGCAGGAUGCAGAGGUUGUGUGUAGAGAGCUGGACUGUGGGGCUCCUGUACAGGUGCUGGGAGCAGCUGCUUUUGACAAAGGAGACACUCAGAUGUGGACACAAGAGAUUCAGUGUAGAGGAAAUGAGUCUUAUAUUUCUUUCUGUCCAACAUCAUCUUUUAAACACAACUGUACCCAUGAGAAUGCCAUUGGGCUGUUAUGUUCUGGUCACACCGAUCUCAGACUGGUAAACGGACAAGACUCCUGUUCUGGUCGAGUUGAACAUCAGUAUCUCAGUAAAUGGGGCACAGUGUGUGAUGCAUGCUGGGAUAUGAGAGCUGCCAGUGUCCUCUGU